AUGGAGGAGCUGCGCGCCUCCAUGGAGGCGUUGCACGCCCGGUUGCAAGCACAGGAGAACGUUAUGCAGCAACUCCAGGGAGAGAGGCAACAGCUCCAGCAAGAGCUCCGGCAGGCCAGGAAGGCGCCCCGCGUGGAGCCGGCGCCCCCUCCGAGCGGCGUGGUCGACACCAGAGUAAUCGGCAAGCCAGGCGAGUUCGCAAGCGACGUGACGAAGUUCGCGGACUGGAUCUUCAAGAUGAAGUCCUACGUCGGCGCCGUGGACCACAGGUACCAGGACAAACUGAUGGAGGCAGAGCAGUCGCAGGUGACGAUACGGAACGCCACGAUGGAGCCGGACGUCGCCAGGCUCAGCACGCAGCUGUACUACAUUAUCGUGAUGGCCGCGUCCGGGUCGGCACUGGACAAGUGCCACAACGCGGGGGUGAACGAGGCCUUCGAGGCGUGGCGCCAGUUCGUGCUGGAGUGGGAGCCGAAGCUGAGGAGCCGGUUCGUCGGUCUUCGCAUGCAGGCGAUGGCUUACAAGUCCACGGGAGACAUUCCCAGCGCUCUCGAAGCCUUCGAGCGCCUCGCGUGGGACUACGAGAGCCACUCCAGCAAUAAUAUCAACGACAACGAGAAGAUCGGCGCGGUGAUGCUGGGAAUGGAGGACUCCAGCGCCGGCCUCGACGCGCGGCCCAAUAUUCGCGAGGAGAUCUCGGAGAUCACCCGGGCCCAGCAGUGCGGCGCUGGCAAGAAAGGCAAAGGCAAGAGAGGCAAGGCCGACGGCGGGGAGAACCCGAACGCCGAGAAGGAGUGUUUCCAUCGCAGGAGGACAGACCACGUGAAGGCCGACUGCAGGAAGAGGCAUCGAGACCUCGCCGCGGCGGAGAACAGGCGGGGGCCGCUCAGGGCACAGCGCGCCCCAGCACACGUCGACGUUCGUCCUCUAGGAGCCCUGCCCACAGCCGCAGCAGGUAGCGGCUGCGCGCCGGCCGUGCCGGGCCGCGACGCGGACGGACCCGUCCCAUUGGCAGCGACACGGACGGACACGAACGUGUCCCCGCGCGGAUUCGACCCGGCAGCCUGGGGCGAUUCGACAGUAGGCCCAGCGCGGCUCGCGACGGCGACGGACGACCCGGUCGUCGGCGACAGUGGGAAGCAGUCCCGUUUCGGUCUGCAGGGCGGCCGGCAGGUCACGGCGAGGUGCAACGAGGCAGAGGUGAAGUUCGCGAUCGUGAGCGUCGGGGAGGCGGCUGGCAAGAGCAAUUUGUUCCUCUUCGGCACGGGUCACCAGGUAAUGCUUCCCAGCGAGGCGCCUCCGGACCUCCUGCGGAUUCCCCAAUGUCCUAACGCGGUGAACUUGGAGAAACACUGCGGGGCGCAUUGGCAGCCGUGCCAAGCGGGGGGUCCGCGGGGCGCGACACCCUCGCGCCCCGCGCGGCCGGCGGCUGAAGUUCAGCGGGCGCCAGCGCAGGCUCCAGCUCAGGAGCCAGAACAGCAGGCAUGGGCCUCCAGCGGCGGUCUGGGCGCGGGCAGCCCCGCCCGGGCGCGGCUGCCGGAGAGCGAGGAGAGCCGCGCCGCUUCGCGCAAGAAGCUCCCUCCAGAGGUGUCGAAGCUCGAAUUCGACACCCGCCAAAUCACGCGCUUGCCUUUUCGUUCGUGGCGCCCCCGCUGCGCAGCGGGCCAGGCCAGCGACGACGCUCAUCGACCGCGCCCGGGCGCAACCGAGGGCGAGGCAAGGUUGGCCGGCCAUCGACCCGCGGCGGUUAAAGUCCGCUUCGCAGCGACGGUGGUCACGGGCGGCGAUCCGUCCGCGAUGGCAGUUGCCAGGGCUCUGAAAUUCACGGGCCGGGCGCGUGCCGCGAUUCUCUGCGACCAGGAGGGCGCCGUCAAGAAGCUGGCCGACAACGCCCGGGACAGCAUCGAGCGGGCGAGCUACGAGGUUGAGAAGCAGCUGCGGGCGCUCUGGUCGCGCUUCGAGCAGUGCUGCAACCUGACGGUGGAUUUGGAGCACAAGAUCUUGCCGCCCAUGGUCAGGCAGGCUGCCUGGCUUCUGGCCCAUUUCCAGGUCAAAGCGGACGGCAGGGCGGCCUGCGAGAGGCUUCGUGGUCGACUGCGCCGAGGCCAGGUUUCGGAGUUCGGCGAGUCCGUCUUCUACCGGGGCCCGCAGAAGGCGUCCGACAUGCCCAAGCUGGACGACAGGUGGAUGUUGGGCGCGUGGCUCGGCAGGAGCUUGGCCUCCGACGAACGCUACGUCGGCACUCCCGCCGGGGCGCGCCGAUGCCGGGGCGUCUACAUCACGCUGGACAGGCAGAUCCAGCACGGUGGCGCUCCGCGGUGCCCGGCGCGCUUCGGACGCGCGAAGGUGCACUCGCUUCAGUGCCGGGCGCGCUUCCAGGAGAUCAGGGACAGGGAGUCUCAAGCCGUGGCGGAGGCCCCGGCUGCGGGCAGCACCGCGCCGGCGGAGCAGCCCGGAGCAGGUGGGCGCGACCACCGACGGCCAGAACAAUGCAGAAGAUCUUGGCCGGCAUGCCGACACUCCACGCGGGGGAACCCGAGUAUCCCAACUUGGACGUGCCCUCCGGAUUUUUUUGCCGCAGCCGAGUUGGACAACUCGGAGCGGGCCCGGAAGAUCAUCGACUGGGGGCGGGCGCACUACGGGGUCAGGAGCGGCAAGGCGCUGGACAAGCAGAAGGUGCACGAGGGGCGCGUCCGCGAGCUCGCGCACAUGGAGAGGCUCGGCGUCGCUGAGCCGAUCUCUAUCGCGGAUGCUCGGUCGCGCGGCCCGGAUAUCGUCUACUCCAAGUGGCUGGGCGACGAGAAGCCCGCCGCCGAGGACGAGCAGGCGGUCAGGCCCAGGCUCGCGGCGACGCAGGUGAACACUUACAGCCGGGGGGGCGUCACCCAGGCCACGCCUCCGAUCAAGGCGCCCAGGGUGAUCGCGAGCGUGGCGGCCACGAAAAUCAACCCCAAGGGGCAGCGCGACAAGCUGAUUGGCCGGCGCGACAUCCGAGCGGCGUUCUUCCGCGCCGCCGGUUCGGGGAUGGUGGUAAUCAUUCCUCCUCGUGGCUUGGCAUCUCCGGGCGUGGGCUGGCGAGCCUUGAAGGCCAUGCAUGGGGCGCGCGAGGCCAGCGAGUGGGGCAACGAGGUCACCGACGCCAUGAAACUCGAGGGCGCCAGGCAGGUCGCAGCGGUGCCCAUGAUGUUCGUCUCUGACAGCUUCGGGUACGUGACGUGCUGCCACGGCGACGACUUCCCGACGGCAGGCCGCGACAAGGACUCGAGAGGAGCACCGACGCCGUCGUCUAGGUCGACCGCGGCCGGCAGGCGCGACAGGGGCGACGACCUGGAGGGCGAGGCAGCGACGACCUUCAAGCAGGGCGCGGGCGCCUCGCUGCACCUGUCCAUCAACCGCCCAACCACCCAGUUCGCCACGUCGCAGGUGAUGGCCGGGACGGGCAUGCCGAAGGUGUUGCGCGGCCUGCAGCUGCAGCGCGUGGCGCGCUACAUAUAUGUUCUGACGGAGGUGCGGCUCUUCAGGUAUCAGCAGGAGCCCGGCGGCCUGUGUGUCCACGCGGACACGGACUGGGCAGCUGACGAGCCGACGAAGUCAACAUCGUGCACGGUGGAGCGGUACGGGGACCACAUGCUGGCCGAGUUCUCCGGCAUCGCGCGCGCGGUGGCGAUCGGCAACCGGACGAGCCAGAUCUUAUGCCACAUGGGCCUGGCGAGCGACCUGCUCGCGGCGUCAGACAGCUCGGCUGCGCGAGGCAUUUGCGCCCGGACGGGGUCCGGCAAGGUCCGGAAUUCGGCGAUCAAGGAGCUGCGGGUGCAGGAAACACUGAGGAACAGGGAGCUCGAGCUCGCGAUCGUGGACGCGCUCCUGAAUUUGGCCGACAUCGGCACGAAGGCGCCUGCAGCCGAUAGGCUGGACUUCCUAACGAUCCAGGAGGGCGCGGGCAGGACCGCCCAUGAUUGA